CCCCGAGCUGACAUGCUCCUUGCGAAAUUUCGCGCGUUGCAAAGCGGCGCACGGGAAGCCGCGGGACUUGCAACAGUCUGGACUUGCUAGUGAGACAUUUAACCUUAAACUAGCCGGAUCGAGCAAGCGCAGGGCAAAAGGGAAGCGUGUUUUGUCAAGCCAUUUCUCUGUUCUCACGUGGUCUUUCUCUCUUUGCAGCGCGUGCUGUUUUCCUUGCCAAGGCGUUCUGCAAAACCUAUGAGCAUUAAGGUGCUUUUAUAACAGACCAACAACGCGCGAUUAAAAAUGGGCUGGUGGUGAGGGUAGCGAUGGGUGGGCAGUGAUGGGUUCACACGUCCCAACCGCCCGCGACGGUGCUCUCCGUACAGCUGCUCCCUGCAGCCUUGAUCCGCAUUGAACUGAGGUGCGACGUCCCGCAAGGAUUUGCAUCCGUUGGCCAUUCACGUGCGAAAGGCAGGAUUUUGUCACCUCUUCCGUGCUGGGGGAGAAUGCCUUUGGUCAAUGGAUUGGUUCCCUCACGGUUCCUGACCCUCACGGCCCAUUUGGUCAUCGUCAUCACCAUCUUCUGGUCUAGGGAGAACAAUGUCAGAGCUUCCUUACCUCUUCAGUGCACCCAGGAAGAAUUUCAGAAGAAAGACACGGAACUGGUGGUGGCACUGUCUGUGACUCUUGGGCUGUUUGCUGUGGAGCUGGUGGGCUUCUUCUCCGGGGUGUCCAUGUUCAACAAUGCACAAAGUCUCCUCUCUUUGGCGGCUCACUGCAGCGCUUCCAUCUGCCUCUCCUUUUUUGUCUUUGAGCGCUGGGAGAUCGUCACUUACUGGUACAUCAUGGGCUUCUGCAGUGCCCUGCCCGCUGCUGUUGAGGCCCUGCUUUUCAUCUCGGUCUUUGGGCUGAAGAAGAAGCCCCUGUGAGAAGCAGGCACGAGAGAGGGAGCAUCCCCCGUCCUUCAGAAGAGGCGUUCCCUGGGAUCGCCCUGCAGGAGAGAAGCUCCAGACAGACCGCCAGAGGGUUAGCAAGACGCUCCUCAGCAGAGGCUGGCUGCAGUCAGAGAGAAGGAGCGCGAGGAACAUGGCUUCCUUAGGAGCACAACGAACGGUACGACCGCUUUCCUUCCCUGGUUUCUGCCUGUUUUGUGUGAGGACUGCACCAAUUUCCGCUGAGCCAAGCAAAGCCAGCGUCUCCUGCAGUGGGCGACUCCCUCCAGAGGGAACCCUGCAGUACUGCAUGCUGUCACAUGCCUGCUCCCGGACCCUGCACGGCUUUCAGCCUCUGGUUGUGCAUUUGCCAGUGUGCCAAACUCUCCCCUGAGAGCUGGCCGCCCUGUGGUCCUGGAGUCUCUCUGCAGAAGAGCAAGGACGGGUGGCUGUUUGCCGGGAGAAAAAGCAGUUCAGUUUGUGCAUAUAUUUUUAUCAGGACAGAUCAUGGUAGAAGGCGCUAGAGAAGAAUCUCCCUUUUGAAAACCUUAAAUAAAACAUCACUCUCCUCAUAAA